UAAAAACAGAUUUCUGUAUGUAAUCGUCGUGAUCCAUUUGAAUAUGUAGGUACUUAACUUCAACUCGAAAAUAAAGUGUCGUUCUCGUUCAUAAACAACUUCUAAAUUUCGCCGCUAGAGGCGCGCGAAUAAUCUUUGCAUCACCAAAAGAGGGUUGUAACAUUGACAUAUUGCCAGCAAAAAAAAUAUUUCCGGUCAAGAAAUCAAUAAUGACAAUUUGAUGUUUAUAGUCUAUGAUAUUUUGUCAUUGUGAUAAUUGCCUUGCUUUGCUUUGCUUGUUGCCUCAAAAAAGUUGGACUGUCUACACGGACGAAGUGUUUGUUGGUUCGUCGAGAGUUUGCUAGAGAUUUCGACGUGAUUUCUGCUAAACGUUAAACAAGUGUUAUUUUUACGUUAGUGGCGGUGUUGAAGGGUACAAUUUGCAUUAGAUUCAGACUGUGAUUGUUGAUUUCGGUGUAUUAUCAACAAAGAUGUCUCUCUUCGGAUCGUUGAUGGGCGACGUGGAGGACGAUCCAUUUUUCGGGUCCCACAUGCGUCAAAUGCGCCAGAUGAACAAUAUGAUGAACUCCUUGUUUGCGGAUCCCUUCGGCAUGUUUGGAGGCGAGGGCCCUCUUUCCAUCAUGGGUCCUCGUCAUACUAACGCCAUGAUGCCUUUCAUGCCUCAUCAGAUGCCUGCACUGAACAGACUUUUCACUGACAUGGGUAGUGGCAACAUGCAUCAUGUUCCCGGCAGCUCCUUCAGCAGCAGCACGGUCGUCAUGUCCAGCGGACCUGGCGGAAAGCCACAGGUAUACAGUUCGACUAGCAGCACAAAGAUCGGCCCAAACGGCAUCAAGGAGACAUGCAAGACGGUGCAGGACUCUCGCACUGGCACUAAGAAAAUGGCCAUCGGUCACCACAUUGGCGAAAGGGCUCACCUGAUAGAGAGGGAGCAAAACUAUUACACAGGCGACGCCGAAGAACGGCAGGAGUUCAUCAAUUUGGAUGAGGAAGAGGCUGAGGAGUUUGACAGGGAGUUCCAAUACAAAGCCGGUAGUUCUACAGGCCGCGGUCGCCCCGCUAUACAGGCCGCGCGCCGCGAGCCACAACGCCUCGCGUUGCCAGCUCCGCCGCCUGUUGUACAAGUACCCAAUACAAGUAGUGAGGUGUCAGGGCGCCGCCCCAGCUCAGUGAGGCCUGCCUCCCGCCGUCCCAUACGGACCGCUGCCAGCCCUCUCACCUUGACCUCCAGCCCAAGCGUGCGCGAGGUAUACGGCGGGUCCCACCCGCAGCGCCAUCACCGACACAAGCAACACAAGGCGCACGCACACCGACCCGCGCCCGCCGACAACUAGACCCACAAGCCCCGCAAGCCCCGCAAAAGACCCGCGAAGGACCCGCGACCACCCGCGGCGCGACAGCGGCAUAGCCUACGGUUACACAUCACUACUAUUUAUGUAUUUUAAUUUAAUUAUCCAACAGCCAGCGCUGUUCUCAUUCUAUUGGAUUUCUCCUACUUUAACGUGUUUUAAUAUCAAUUGCCAUGUGCAUGUUUGAGACAAUCUAGGAUUUGAGAAACAAAAAGGAGUAUCCUUUUUUUGGUUUGUAUUUGGUCUUAGAGGCGCUAGUCUUUUAAGCAAUCGAUUCUGUUACAAAUGUAUUGUAAACCUAAGGGUAAAUUAACAUCUAGGAGAGACUACCAGGACUUUUACUCAGUGGCGCCACCUAGCGAGAAUGAAUUUUGCCUAAUUGACUUGUGUUUUUGAUUGUCUGAUUACGAGUGUCCUUUGGACAUUUUACAUUUUACAAGUUCGUUCAUUAAGUAACGUAUUUUUAUUAAGUUUUAAUGAUUUUAAGUUUGAUUUUUGAUAAUGAAAUAAAUUAGAAAAUUCUAGAAUUUUAUUUUUGGACUUUCCGGUUUUCUUCGAUUACAAAUUGUAUUCAGUUUUCAUUAUUUGUAACAGUGUGACCUGUAGCAUGCGAACAAAUAAAAGUGGACAGGUGUACCGCGUGUUUAUUGCCAAAAUAUGUUUGAAAAUUUAUUUACGCGGCGUUUUCGAAGCCUUUGAAAAUAUAAAAUCCUCUUUUUAGUUAGACUCUCUUGAUCUCUUUCUCUGUUCAUUUUAUUUGUUGGCAGGCCGCUGCCGGUAUAAAACGACUCGUGAUAUCGCCUUGUAUCGUGAUCAAUAUUGUCUAAUGACUUCGGACGUAGACUUAGUGAAAUGUAAUAAAAUAGGACAUAAUAAUAUUUAAAUGUCAUUGCCUCACUCGGCGCAAAACCUCCUUUGAUUGGACUCUGCACGCGAGACCACGACAAAAUGGCGGACUUCUAUUAAUGGCGGCAAAUUUUUAAAGAUGGCUGCUAUUUUUUCCAUAUUUCUUAUUAAAAAUCAAUUGCUGUUCAAAAUUCUCUGGAUAAAUAGUUAAAUAAAUGAAGCGUCGUGGUAAGGUGUGCUUGUCCAAGAUUCCAUAACUUAUCUACCUGUAUUCUCCCACCUGACAAUCGUACUCUGUGUUAGAAGAUAGUCUGAUAAAAUUACCGUGUUCUAUAAUCUGUGGCGGCGGCACAUUUGCCCCAAUUUUUAUUAUCUGUUGCAAUAUGGAACAUCUGAUAUUUAUCAACUACGCCAAGCCACAGAUUUAUUUAAUAUUAGGUAGAUGUAAUGUUAUUAUAUACCUGUAAAAUCUUCAACCAAUAUUUCGUAGAACAAAACAAAAUUCUUAAACAUGUUAUGUAUAUCUGAAAUAAAUGUUGGUUUUUCGAAAUUUCGUGUGGAAAAGUAGUUAUUCAUUUCAAAUUUUACAUAUCCGAAUCUUGAGUUUAGAAUAGCAUUCGAAAUCUUAAGUUUUAAUAUCUUAAAUAAGAUUAUGAUUAGUUAUAAAAACUCAUUAGUCAUCUAAGUGUCGUACUUAUAAGUUUUUUCGAUAAAUUGUUCCAAGUUCACCCUUUUAGAGGUCGACUGAUAAAUUUUUGUUCGUCAUUCAUUAAUUUAUGCGUCGAUUUCAAUAAAAUAGUAAUUUCAAUACAGUAUCAAGUUUUCAUAGAUGUUAGAUGUCUGUCUGUACACCCACUAGGCGGAUAUUAGUUCACAAAGUAAUAAAUAAGGAUUUUUUAGACUAAGGUCCAUCGGCCAUUGAGACGAGUUACUGUUUGCAGCUAAAAUGGCACAACUGGCGUUUUGUUAAUACAGAGUAAACUUUGACUGUGAUACUGUAGAGUAUAUUUUGUAUUACCUCGUCGUGCGAAAGGUAGAAGGGUUAGUUUCCAGUUUGAAGGUUCCCGUGUAGUGUUAAUGACAGGUCUGAAUGGCCCCUGGUAUUACGUUUACCUCCAUCCCGUCAUUAUGUUUGAUUGUCGUAAUAACUGUUCUGCACAAAAUUACAACGGUGCUGGACCGCUACAAAUCGCUCAUUCCUUCAAAUAAAUUAAUUAUUUUAUUUA